UAGGACGUAUUUAUUAUCACUAUUAUUAUUUUUACUUUUCGCCGGCAGCGUAUGAGAGCAGUCUGUUCCUUAACCGGAAAGGGACCCAUUUGGCUGCCGCACCGUCUGUCGCCAUUUCAAACACGGCUAACCUUUAUUGCGCACAACAGAGUUGUUCAAGCAGAGCGGUUUAAAUAAAGAGACGGAUCGUUUGAAUGGUUGAAGGUAAAGACAUCGUUGAUUGGAGGCUGGAGGCUCGUCAGGAGGUUUACUCACAGUAGAGCUGCUCAGAGAGAGCCAGAACAUCGUGCCCCUCCAGACCGAGAGCAAGAUGAUGGAGCUACCGAACUACAGCUGCCAGCUGAUGCAGCAGCUGUGGGCUCUGAGGAAAGAGGGCCUCUUCUGUGACUGCACCAUCCUGGUGGGAGACAGCCCUCAUCACGCACAUAAACUGGUACUGGCCGCCUCCAGCAUGCUCUUCAGGUCUCUCCUGGACGGCUCCGACACCAUCUCCAUCGACACGGCCAUGGUGUCCUCACAGGAGUUUGGCUGUCUGCUGGACAUGGUCUACACGGGCAAGCUGCCUCUCGGCAAACACAACGUCAGCCGCAUCGUCGCCGCCGCAGACAGCCUGCAGAUGUUCGACGUGGCCGUCGGCUUCAAGAACGUCCUCACCAGUCUCGUGAACCAGCAAACCCCCGUCCCCCAAAUCCUCUCUACGAAGACCCCGAGCCUCACGGUGAUCAACGAAGCCCAGAGCACCAACCCCGAAGGGUCAGCUUCACCCAACGAGGACGACUCGACCUCAGACAGGACGGAGCUCCUGGCUGAGCUGAAGGAGAAAGACUGUCAGAGUGACGGUGAAGAUGCAGAGGAACCACCAUGUAAAAAAAGCUGUGUGGAGCUUUCAGAGACCACAGAGCCCGAAGAAGCCCAAUCCUCAGAAAGAGCAGUGGAAGAAGACAACACAACGGCCGCCGAGGUGUCGAACGGACCCGCCGCCGGUUUUCUGGACCAUUCCUCUCAGCUCGUGGAGCUGCUCACCAACAUGUCGUCUGUCCUGGAGCUGCUGAGCCAAGCAGCACAGACGAGCCUGGAUGAGCAGGAGAGACAGGUUGUGUGUCAGUGCUGUGAGGAGGAGGUGGAUCCCGGCUCGGCGUUGGAGAAGCUGCUGAGCAGUGUGAAGGAGGGGCAGCUCAGCGAGGCAGCGCUCCUCAGGCUGCUCCGGAGCGUUCAACACAAAGAUCCUUCCUCCUUCCCCGCGCCGCUGCUCUCUCUGCUGGAGGAGGUGGAGAGGAACACACAGGAGCCAGAGGGAAACCAAACUGGAGUUGACUCAGAAAAGCAGAACGGUACCAGAAGUGAAGAAAGUCAGGAGGGAGAGGAAGAGGAGGAGGAAGAAAAUAUAAAGGAGGAGACGGAAGAUGAAGAGAAAAUCCUAAAUGUCACUACGGACUCUUCCUCCCCUCCUCCUCCCUCCUCCUCUGCUUCCUCCCCCUCCAAGCCCUACUCCUGUCGCUGGUGUAAGAGGGAUUUUGCCUACAAGUGUCGGAUGCUGGCCCACGUGAAGCGCUGCCCCGUGUCCCAGGAUGGCGAGCAGCAGUGCCCGCAGUGCCCAGAGAAGCUGGCCAACCAGCGGGCUCUGCAGCGCCACCGGGCCGAGACUCACUACACUAGGCUCGCUGCACGGGUGAAGAAGAAGGUGACCUGUGACCUCUGCGGGCGAACCUUCGCCCACCCAUCAGGUAUGAUUUACCACAAGCGCACCGAGCACUUUGAAGAGAAACCGUUUGCUUGCGAGGACUGCGGCGCAAAGUUUGGAGCCAACUCGUCCCUGAAGAAUCACAUGAGGCUGCACACGGGAGAGAAACCGUACCACUGCAAACACUGUGACAUGACCUUCGGGGUGGCUGCUGCACUCGCAUACCACACCAAGAAGAAACACUCUGAGGGAAAGAUGUACGUGUGUCAGUAUUGUAAGGCCAUCUUCGCCCAGUCCAUUGAACUGACGCGUCACGUGCGAACACACACCGGCGAUCGGCCUUACGUGUGCCGACAAUGUGGCAAAGGUUACAGCCAGGCCAGCGGACUCACCGUCCACCUGCACACCUUCCACAAUUUGUCGGAACCUCACGACUGUCAGAAGUGUUGUCUCAGCUUCUCCUCGUUGGAGGAGCACCGCCAGCACAUCCAGGAGUUCCACCCGAAGGAGUUCCACAAGUGUCCCACCUGUAACAAGGUGUUCACCAGCGCCGCCCUGCUGGACAAACACAAGGGCACACACUCUGGAAGCAAGCCCUUCAGCUGCGACCUGUGCAACAAGUCUUAUCAGCAACUGUCAGGCCUGUGGUACCAUAACAGGACCAACCACCCCGACGUGUUUGCUAACCACACCCGGCAACUCAAGACCCUGGUCCAGUGUGACGUCUGCUUCAAGUUCUUCCCAAGCGCCGCCAGUGUGGCCAAACACCAGGCGGCUGAGCACCAAGGCUCGGCGGCGUCGGCGGUCCACUGUCCGUACUGCGCGGCCGUGUUGGGCGGCGAGGAGGAGCUGCAGGAGCACGUCAGCAGCCAGCACGUCGGCCAGAGCGGCGAGGCGUUCAGCUGCCCCCUCUGCUCCCUGGUCUGCUCCUCCCAGCUGGAGCUGCAGGAGCACCUGCUCUCCUGCCACAUCGAGACCCAGGAGGAGCAGGAGGCAGGAGAGGAGCAGGCCUCCACCUCCCACACGGUGAUUGCAGCAGAUCCAACAGGCAAUGAAGAGGCGGAGUCGAUGAUCUCUGAGGAGCAGGCCCAGCUGGCGGCCGCCCAGCAGGUGUUUGUGGCUCUGGCAGGUGGAAGAGAAGGUGUAGCAUCAUCAGCGGAGGUGGUGGAGGUCAACAUGUACGACCUGCUGAACAGCUCGGUCACCUUCAUCUGUGAGGACAAACCAUCGGAUCCCGCUGACUCUUAACCGUGAACUCUGACCCCCAUGGAUGAUCACUGCAGACACUGAGCAGUUUUAUUGUCUCUUCUGAUCAUUAACAACCACGACACAGGCUAAACUGACUCUUUGUGAUGUAGGUUCAUGUUUCGUCUAUCAGUGUUUUUACUGUGGUAGAGCUGGUUUGCAGUUUUAAUUAAAUAUGGUGAAUGUG